AUAAAUAGAACUAUAUAAGUUGCAGUCUUGCUCCGUUUUCACAGUUAGUCGGACAAACGCCUCUUGUGCUAAUCAAAUAAAAACCAACUUGACCCGCAACAAACAAUAAAAACAAAAGCCACGGAACGCACGAUUGUGAUUAAGCUGCAAAAUGCUGCGAAUUCCGAACAAUCCCGAAGGUUAUUGCCUGCUGCUGCUGCUGACUUGCCUAAUUGCGCAGUCGAGCAGCUUGGGCAGCUUUCGACUGGGUCGCCAUGUGAAUGGAUUUCUGGGUGGACCGAGUAAAAUUGCCACCCUGCAGCAAUCGAUGGAUGUGGAGGAUUUGUGGUUCGAGCAGCGUUUGGACCACCUCCAGCCGGACGACACGCGCACCUGGCAACAGCGCUACUUUGUGAACGAUGCAUUUUACAGAAAUGACAGUCAUGCUCCGGUGUUUCUGAUGAUUGGCGGCGAGGGGGAGGCCACCAAGAAGUGGAUGCAUGAAGGCGCCUGGGUGCGCUAUGCCGAACACUUUGGUGCGCUCUGCAUUCAGCUGGAGCAUCGUUUCUAUGGCAAGAGUCAUCCGACCAGCGAUUUGUCCACCAGCAACCUGGCCUAUCUCAGCUCGGAGCAGGCUUUGGCCGACUUGGCCAACUUUGUUACGACCAUGAAGACCAAAUACAAUAUGGAUGCAAGCCAGAAGUGGAUUGCAUUUGGCGGCUCCUAUCCAGGCAGCUUGGCCGCCUGGGCGCGCGAGAAGUAUCCGCAUUUAAUUGACGGCUCCAUCAGCUCGAGUGGUCCGCUGCUGGCCCAGGUUGAUUUUAGCCAGUACUUCGAGGUGGUUAAGUCGUCGCUGGCCAGCUACAAGCCGGAAUGCGUGGAGGCUGUGACGCGCGGCAUUGCUCAGGUGGAGAUACUGCUAAAGCACAUGAUUGGACAACGUAAUCUCGACGAGAAAUUCAAAACGUGCACGCCCCUCAAAGACUCGAUUGAAAAUCAAUUGGACAUCUCAAAUCUAUUUGAAAAUAUUGCUGGCAACUUUGCUGGCGUGGUGCAGUACAACAAGGACAACAGUCCACAUGCCAACAUAACCAUCGAUGAGAUCUGCGAUGUUAUGCUGAACACCACAAUGGGUCCGCCUGUGACACGUUUGGCUGCGGUUAACGACAUGCUGCUGAAGCAGUCCGAGUCGAAGUGCCUGGACUACAAGUACGACAAAAUGAUAGCCGAUAUGAAGAACGUUUCGUGGGACUCGAUGGCAGCGAAGGGCAUGCGCCAAUGGACCUACCAAACCUGCACUGAGUUUGGCUUCUAUCAGACGUCGGAAAAUAAAUCGGACACAUUCGGCGAUCGCUUUGGCGUUGACUUUUUCAUACGUCAGUGCAUGGACAUAUUCUCGGAGCGCAUGGACGGCAAAUUCCUGGAGCAGGCUGUGGCCCAGACGAACAAGUACUAUGGCGCACUCAAGCCGGCGACCACCCAGGUGCUGUACGUGCACGGCUCGAUUGAUCCAUGGCACGCACUGGGCUUGUAUGUCUCGCCCAAUGCCAACACGCCCACCAUUUACAUAGAAGGCACCGCACACUGCGCCAACAUGUACGAGCCGGUCAAUAGCGAUCCCCCACAGCUGAAGGCGGCGCGCAAUAAGAUACUCAAGUAUCUGGCCAAAUUGCUGGACGGCUAUGCCAGCUUUGCAAGCUUCACCUGAAUUUGAAGCAACCAAAAAUGAAAUGUGCAACCUAAGCUAUAAUAAUGUAUACAAAUACACAUUGGAGCGUCUGCAAAUAUGA